AUGCACAACCAUACGAAUUUUUGGGAUGAGAACGUUCAGUGGAGAACCAUUAAGAAGAUAGUCAUGCACCCCCAAUAUAACGUCUAUACGAUGGAAAAUGACAUAAGUCUAAUACAGCUGUCGGAGCCGGUUGAAUUUAAAUUUAACGUCCAACCGAUUUGUUUGCCGCCGCAAUCAACGACCUAUGAGGCAGGUAAACUAGUCUACGCCACCGGCUGGGGCACUACCUCAUAUUUCGGGUUUAACAGCGACCUGCUACUUGAAGUUGGAGUGUGGACUGUAGAUCGCGAGAAGUGCAUAAUGGGCUAUAAAAAGUACGGUAAGAAGAUUAACGAUGAAGAAAUGAUCUGUGCUGGCAGUCCGUUCGGAGGCAAAGACGCAUGCGGGCGUGACAGCGGCGGCCCACUGAAUGCCCUUGACACAACUACUUACCGGUGGAUUCUUUAUGGUGUUACGUCUUUCGGCGAAAAUUGCGGUUUACCCGAGGCACCUGGAGUUUACACUAAAGUGGUACCAUAUCUUCAGUGGAUUAAACAGACUCUGAAAUAAUG